AUGGAAUCUUUGUGGUCAUCUCGCAACUUAUUGAGCGUUGGUGAAUACGUCUUGAAUGAAGGUGAUGCUUUUCUACUACCAUCAAAUGCCAUUUAUCGUAUUAACGAUAAACUGGAUGAUGCGUCUGAUCUUUCAUCGGUUUAUUCGAAUGAACCCGAAUCAGCCAUUGGAAAUGAAGACACUGAUGAGCUCUACAUGGAUGAUAAUGAAUUCACGCAAAGACUUUUCAAAUUUGGAUUGGAUGUAAAUGGCCUACCAUUACGAGACGAUCUUCUAUUCAAGACUUAUGAUAGCGCAGCGAAUUUCGUAUUUAAAGUGGAGGGUCUUUCGUGGUGGAAAAAGUUAAGAGGAACUGAACCGAAACCAAUACAGUACCAUUUUAUGGAUCACUGUAUAGUAACUGAAACAUUUCAGGUACCACACAUUGCUCUUUGGGAUUAUUUUGGAGGUACAUCGUGUUUAGACAUGAAUUGUAUUGCUGGUGAUCAGAUCAAUGUCCUCUGCGAGGAAUUUCAAGUUCGAAAAAUUGACGAUAUAACAUCAGAUGGCCGAACAUAUCUUCGACUUCCUAUGCGAUGGUCAUUAGGUCGAUGGAUAACUAAUCGGUCAUUUCAACCAAAUUUUGGCUUAAUCCCUUCAUGUUGGCUUAUCAAAAAGAGUUUCUAUGAAGAAAAUAAGCGAAUAUUUAUUGAACCAACUUGGUUUAUGGGUAUCGCUGAUAUCAAUACAGCUUAUGAUUAUCUUUUAGAAGAUCGUAGUUCAUACAAGCCAGGUUUAUUCGUGAUAUUCUCACCAAUUUGGCUAAAUAUUGAUGCUCGAGAUCACCGACCUUAUAUAAUGCUCGUUAUGUGCAGUAAAACGACCAAUAUUAUGACAGAAACUUUCAAGGCUUACGGAGAUCAAUUCAAAACAACAAAAAGAAGUUUGGAUGAUAUGAUAGAUCGUAUAAGUUCCAUGUUGCACUCAAAUGCAUCUGAAGACCAAAUUCAAGGCCGUUCUCAAAAGAAGGUGGAUGGUGAUCAACGGUCUACGGACACUUGUAAGCUUAGCAAUGACAAGGAUGAUAUAGAUAGCAACCAUAGCGAGCAUGCGUCACUCCCAUUUUACAGUUAUACAAUUCUUCGAAGUCGUAUAGGACGUUAUUUACUUUUUAAUCGGCAAUUUGCCACGCUUUACGACUUAGUUUACUACUUUACAAAUUACCAAUCAGCAAUCCCUCAUAAACUCAAUUAUGGACCAACCAAAAAGCAACAAGUUGUUUACUUUGAUAGUGUUCCAUCACCAAUUCCAUCGCCAAGUCGAGAUAUCUAUGCAAUGACAAUGAAAAGUGAACAGUGGGCUGCGCGACAUUUUGAUCAGAUUACUGAAGCAGCGCUUUUAUCACCAUCAUUCUCUUUUGUUUCUCGUUCAAUUUUUGAUCCCUUUAAAAAAUCGCACAUGGAAUUUGCUCAUUCUGUAAAAUUGAGCAAUGAAGCAAUUGAGGCUGCAAAAAAUUACAUCAAACCUUUCCUUCCUAAAAAAGAUUCAAAAUCAUUGAAGGAUGCAACCUCUGAACCACCACCAACCGAUGAAUCGGUAUUGAAAACUGAUGCUGCCAUCGAAAUUGACAUCGCAAAUUUAAAAUAUUCUCCUGAUGAUAUGCUCGGGUCAGGAGCAUUUGGUGCUGUAUUUCGUGGGAAAUUAAAAACAGUUCACGGACAUGAGAUAGAUGUUGCUAUCAAAAAAUUGAAAAUGAUUAUAAGCCAUCCAAAUGUGCUAAGGUUUUAUGGAUUCUGCUAUAAUGAAACAAGAGAUAAUGUAAUGCUCACAUUCGAACUUAUGGAUGUUGGAUCGUUAGCUGAUUUUAUGAAGGCCCAUGAGUAUAAUAUUUCGGCAAAUGAACACAUUGAUUUUCUGAUUCAAAUAGCUCGAGGUAUGUCGCACUUGCAUUCCUUAGAUCCUCCAAUUGUGCACGGUGAUUUAGCUGCACGCAACGUUUUAAUGUGCCAUCAUCCGAAAGACGAAACCAGUGAUUUCGGUCUGUCAAAAACAACUCGAAAUGAAGUACACUUCUUGCCCGAUGAUCCGCAAAAAAUGCCCUUUAAAUGGCUACCUCCUGAAGUAUUACAUCGUCGGGAACUUAGCACAAAAUCGGAUGUAUGGGCAUAUGCAAUACUUGCUACUGAGAUUUAUGGUGUGAUCGAUCCUUAUGGAAUGUUACCGAAUGAAAAAGUUUUGCCCUUCUUAAAUGAUGGCCACAGAAUGGAAAAGCCAACUGCAAUGCCUUAUUAUAUAUACAAUAUUGUACUAUUAUGUUGGCGUAAACAACCAGUAGACAGACCAACAUUUGAAGAAAUUGUUCGCGACUUAAAACCAUAUUAUAUAGAAUAUGAAAGCAGUCACAUCAUCUUACUGACAUCGAGGAUAGUCGCUGAAUCCAUGGUGAAUAAGAAAGUGAAAUAA